AUGGAAGAAGUUCAAGAGAUCAGAGAAAACUAUGAUGACAAGCAGGUGGUCACAGAGAUCUUGGCAAGGUGUUUCACUCCAACUCUGAUAACAACCACUGCCUGGGAAGGUUUUCAUUUUGUUGGUCAUGAGAUUCGGAUUACUGAAGCCAUGGACUGUUACGGUGCUGUUGUUUGGCCAUCGGCCCUUGUUCUGUGCUAUUUCCUGGAAACAAAUGCAAAGCAGUAUAACAUGAUUGACAAAAAUGUGAUUGAAAUUGGAGCUGGAACAGGGCUGGUCUCCAUUGUGGCAAGUUUACUUGGUGCUCAUGUGACUGCCACAGAUUUACCUGAAUUACUUGGAAACCUACAGUAUAACAUUUCCCGAAACACCAAGAUGAAAAGCAAGCAUUUGCCUCAGGUUAAAGAACUUUCCUGGGGAGUAGAUUUAGAUAAAAACUUCCCCAGGUCUUCCAAUAAUUUUGACUAUAUCCUGGCAGCGGAUGUGGUCUAUGCUCAUCCUUUCUUGGAAGAACUCCUUGUUACCUUUGACCAUCUGUGCAAAGAAACCACCAUCAUCCUCUGGGUCAUGAAAUUCAGGUUGGAGAAAGAAAAUAAAUUUGUAGGUAGAUUUAAGGAGUUGUUUGACCUAGAGGAAAUUUCCAGUUUCCCUAGCCUGGAUAUUAAGUUGUAUAAAGCUAUGAAGAAAAAUCGAAGAAGUGCAUGAUGAUGUCCUGAUUGAGGACAUGGAAGCGCUAAGGCAAUUUCCAGCCAAUUAUCACUUUAAAGAAAACCCUAAAUAAUUGGAUGUAUCACUGACUUUCCCAAAGGGAAACACACACACACACACACACACACACACACACACACACACACACACACACACACUGCUAUGAGGAUAGAAAAUAGUUUACCAAAUUUGCCUUACCCCAGACAGAGAUUUUCCCAGACACAGCACAUGGAUCUGCAGGAAUUGAGGUAACUUGCUCCCAGUCUAUUUCCAUCAGCAUUCGGGGCCACACUCUACUUACAUGGUAAUGGGAACUCCUGGCAAAGUCACACUGCACAGCUCCUGUCUGCUCU